CACCAAGAUAGUAACCUUGAAGCAGAAGACAGCCCCUGAAAAGGGAAGGGAAGAAAAUAGAAAACCAUUCACCAAAAUCCUCAAGUUGUAAUGGCUACUACCAAGGUCUAUGUAAUCUACUACUCGUUGCAUGGGCAUGUAGUGAGGAUGGCAAGGGAAAUAUUGAAAGGAGCCAGCUCUGUUCCAGGCGUUGAAGCUACCCUCUGGCAGGUACCUGAGACGCUUCCAGAACGAGUACUGGAAAAGAUGAAGGCCCCUCCCAAGGAGGAGGAUGUGGCCGUGAUCAGGCCAGAACAGCUUGUUGAGGCCGAUGGUUUCAUCUUUGGUUUCCCUUCUCGAUUUGGCAUGAUGGCAGCCCAGUUCUUGGCCUUCUUUGAUAGCACCCACGAGCUGUGGGCAUCACAGCAGCUUGCUGGUAAACCGGCGGGUGUCUUCUGGAGCACCGGCUUUCACGGCGGAGGCCAAGAAAACACAGCGUUAACGGCUAUAACCCAACUUGCACAUCAUGGUAUCAUGUUUGUGCCUCUUGGAUACACCUUUGGGAGUGGCAUGUUUGAGAUCAAUGAGGUGAAGGGUGGCUCUUCAUAUGGAGCGGGCACUUAUGCGGGAGAUGGAAGGCGUGAACCGACAGAAUUGGAGCUUCAACAGGCAUUUUACCAAGGGAAGUAUGUUGCCGGAAUAGCUAAGAAGCUCAAAGUUCAACCUCAGUGAAUACCAAUCAUGUGUAACAUUCUAUCUGUUCUUAUGCGCAAGCUACUUCAUUUUAUAGAAUGAAUUUGUUGAAUACACUGACAAUGUAAGGUCAUUUAACAAUGAAAUAUAAUGAGUUCAAAGUACAUUACACUUA